GUUUUCAUCAUCUGCUGCACUCCUUUGGAGCCUUUGAUGAAGAAAGAAAAGGGAACUAAAGCGUAGUCGCGACGACAGAAACAUCAAAGUCUACAUGCCGCCUUCACGAUCUCACAGCAUUACCUAGACCUUGCUAAACCACCACCAUCCACCAUCCUCUGCUCCGUCUCACAACGGAAAUCACGACCACUGACUCACCAACAAUGGCGCGCUUUUCCUCCACCGGCAGCAUAAUCCCCCGCGGGCACCUCCGCCCCAAAUCUCGCCGUCGUCAUAUCCUCCUCCUCGCCCUCUUACUUCUCUUUAGCAUCGCUUACUUUCUUCACUCCUCCUCCUCCUCCUCCUCCUCCUCCUGGGAAUCUACCUCGGAGUUCGCCUGGCUAGAACACCACAUGAACUCUCCUUUCCCCUUUCAGAGAAAAUUAGUAUCCAACACCUCUUUCGACUGGAGCUCCGUCCCCUACAAAUACCCCCCGCCCUUUCCCCCCGGGCACUUACCUCUACCCAUCAACUCCCACCCAUCUUUACCAUCCAUCCAACACCACUUCCCUGCCGAAUCCCGCGCAGCGCGUCAUAUCCGCGAAUCCCGACGGCAGCAAGUCAAGCAAGUAUUCAUCAAAAACUGGAACUCCUACAAGUCCUUAGCAUGGAAAAAAGACGCUUUGCUGCCCAUUUCCGGGGGAUAUAAAGAUCAAUUCUGUGGAUGGGCCGCUACGCUAAUCGACUCACUGGAUACGCUCUGGAUCAUGGGGUUACGGAAUGAAUUCGACGAGGCAGUCGCAGCCGUAGCUGAGAUCGAUUUCGGAGUUGUAAAAGAAGGAAGUGGUGGUGGUGGAAACAGAGUGAAUACCUUUGAGACCAACAUUCGGUACUUGGGCGGUCUUUUAUCCGCGUACGAUCUGAGUGGACGGGAAAUUUUACUUGGCAAGGCGCGCGAGGUGGGCGAUCUGUUAUUCGCGGGGUUUAACACUGAAAAGAGAAUGCCAGUGGAUUUUAUAGAUUUUGAGAAGGCAAAACUGGGAAAAGAAGGGUUGGAUGUCGAAGAAAGUGUAGUGAGCGCUAGUCCGGGAACAUUGACUCUAGAAAUGACGAGACUGGCGCAGGUGACGGGGGACAUGAAGUAUUACGAUGCGGCGGCGAGGGUGAUGGAUGUUUUUGAGCGGGGGCAGAAUCGCACCAAAAUCCCGGGGUUGUGGCCUGUCUAUGUGUCCAUGGCGAGGCAAGAUGUCACGAAUGGAAACCAGUUUUCGGUGGCGGGGGGUGCGGAUUCGUUGUAUGAGUAUUUACCCAAGAUGUAUGCGCUUACGGGGGGAUUGGAGACGCGGUACGAAAGUAUGUCGAGGGCGUUCUUGGAGGCGGCGGAUAAGAAGCUUUUCUACAGACCGAUGGUGCCGGGAAAUGAGGACGUGUUGAUGGUUGGGACGGCGGAUGUCAUCGUGGACAUGGAUGGGAAGGAGGAGAUGGUGCUGAAUCCGGAGAGUGAGCAUUUGGGGUGUUUUGUGGGAGGGGUUUAUGGACUUGGUGGGAGGUUGUUUGGGAGGCCGGAGUGGGUGGAGAGUCAGGGCGUCAAGAUCACAAAGGGGUGUGUUUACGCUUACAGGGCGAUGCCGACGGGGAUGAUGCCCGAGAGAUAUAAUAUGGUGCCUUGUCCGUCACGCGAUGAUGCGGGUUGUCGGUGGAAUGAGGACGUGUGGGAGAGGGAGAAGAAGAAGAGACUCGAGUGGAAGCAACAUCUACCAAAGGGGUUCACGACGGCGAAGGAUCCGAGGUAUAUCCUGCGGCCAGAGGCUAUUGAGAGCGUGUUUGUCAUGUGGAGGAUUACGGGCAGACAGGAGUUCCAGGAGGCGGCGUGGGAUAUGUUUACGGCUGUAAGCAAGGGGACGGUAACCGAGUUUGCGAAUGCGGCCGUGUUGGAUGUGACCAAGGCCGAGUAUCCUCUGCCAAAGGAGGAUUACAUGGAGAGUUUCUGGUUGGCUGAGACGCUCAAGUAUUUCUACUUGGUCUUUUCGCCGCCAGAUGUCAUCAGUCUCGAUGAUUUUGUCCUGAACACCGAGGCGCAUCCGUUUCGAAGACCAAAGAAGCCACCGGGCGAUCGUCCGCUGAAGGUGUAAUGUAUACGGU